ACAGCUGAGUUAUUCUACUUGAGCUAAUAAUCUUGAUAUUAAAUAAUUUCUGACAGAGUUUUACAGUUAGAGUGGAUCCAGUUAGAAAUAAAAGAUCGUCACUGUGUCUCUGUUUGCGGAUUUAAAGCUCCGUUUUGCUCUAAAACUCAGAGACCUGUUAUAAUGAGUUCAGCAGGUGACGGGCCGCACUCCUCCAGAAAGUCUCAGACUGAUGAUCCUUCACAGCAGGGAGAGACUUCAGAUGGAGGGACAUCAGGAGGGACAGAGGUCUGUGUGAAGAAAGAGGAGACGCUAGACCUGCACAUCUACAACCAUGGAGAAAAUCACAAAAACAUACCUGAAGUUAUCUCCACUAAAGAGGAAGAAACUUACAAUGAAGACUACCUCUACUGUGAAGUUUGCAAAUCCUUCUUCUUCAACAAGUGUGAGGUUCAUGGUCCAGCGCUCUUCAUCACCGAUACCCCUGUUCCCAUGGGAGUCGCUGACCGAGCCAAACAAACUCUUCCUCCUGGUCUGGAGAUUCGGAAGUCCGGUAUUCCUGACGCAGGCCUGGGAGUGUUUAAUAAAGGGGAGACUGUUCCAGUUGGUGCACACUUCGGACCCUUCCAGGGAGAGCUGGUAGACAGAGAGGAAGCUAUGAACAGUGUCUACUGUUGGGUGGUAUACAGGAGCAGGCACUGUGAGGAAUACAUAGAUGCCAAGAGAGAGAUGUAUGCUAACUGGAUGAGGUAUGUGAAUUGUGCUCAUAAUGGAGAAGAGCAGAAUCUAGUGGCAUUUAAGUAUCAAGGAAAGAUUCUGUACCGUUGUUGUCGACCCAUCGACUCAGGGCAGGAGCUCUUUGUGUGGUAUGAUGAGGAGUAUGCCAAAGAUCUCAGGCAUACAUGUGACUACCACAGGAGCACAAAGUCCUCCACAAAUGAAGUAAACAACGAUCUGUUGCAAGUCUUCUCCUGCUCCUUGUGUACAUUUUCCUGUACAUCUCAAAUUGACCUCAACAAACAUGUCCAGAGCUACCACUACGAGGAGUAUCCGAGACAGCAGAAAUCAGAAAUGAUUAAAUAUGAGAUUCAGGUUCCCACAAAUGGCUCCAGUGAUCAGCAAACUUCAUCUGGUUCUAACACCUCUCAGAAAGAAAUGCAGGAAAAAAUUCACAACUGCUCAGAGUGUGGAAAGAGUUUUACUGAUCAGAAUGCUCUCAAAGCUCAUCAAUGCAAUCAAACCGGAGAGAAGCCGUAUCGCUGCUCAUAUUGUGGUAAGAGUUUUAAUCAUAAGAGCGUUCUCCGAAAACAUCAGCGCAUUCACACCGGAGAGAAGCCGCAUCGCUGCUCACAGUGUGGCAAGAGUUUUAUUCAAAAGAGUGAUCUCCAACAACACCAGCGCACUCACACUGGAGAGAGGCCAUAUUACUGCUCCAUGUGUGGGAAGAGUUUUUCUCAUCAUAGUCAUCUCCAACUACACCAGCGCAUUCACACAGGAGAGAAACCGUUUCAGUGCUCACAGUGUGGGAAGCGUUUCACUCAAAAGAGUAAUCUCCAAGUCCAUCAGCGUGUUCACACAGGGGAGAAGCCGUAUCACUGUUCACAUUGUGGGAAGAAUUUUACCCUUCAAAGUAAUCUCCAACUACAUCAGCGCAUUCACACGGGAGAGAAGCCGCACCACUGUUCACAUUGUGGUAAGAGCUUUACUCAUCAGAGUACUUACCAGCGACACCAGCGCAUUCACACAGGAGAGAAACCGUAUUACUGCUCAGAGUGUGAGAAGUGUUUUAAUCAUCAGAGUCAUCUCCAGCGACACCAGCGCACUCACACUGGAGAGAAGCCGUAUCACUGUUCACAGUGUGGGAAGAGUUUCUCUCAACAAAGUUCUCUUCAUGUACACCAGCGCAUUCACACUGGAGAGAAGCCGUAUCACUGCUCACAAUGUGGGAAGAGUUUUACUUAUUCACUUACGUUUAAGACGCACAAGUGCACUAACACAGACCCAUUACAUUAUUUGAAUUAUUUGUCAAAUUAGAUAUGAUUAAAAAUAUUUUUUUAAAGGAAAAAUAAGACUUUUAGCUUUAAAUAAUCUGCGUAAACUGUAUUUUUGCUUCUUUUUAUUUUGAC